CAAAAAACGCGCGACAUCACGGGCGGUUUACCCCGCGUGGCAGAGCUCUUUGAGGCGCGUUCGCCCAAAGACAAAGGCACCUUGGCUGAGCAAACCGGGACCAUAUCCUUUGGUAAAGAAACCAAGGGCAAAGUGCGCCUACAAAUCACCGAUUUGGAUGGCAAGGUCUGGGAAGUGUUGGUGCCUAAAGAGAAAAAUAUUCUGGUUCACGAAGGCCAGGUGGUCAAUAAGGGCGAAAGCAUAGUUGAUGGUCCGGCCGACCCGCAGGACAUCUUACGCCUGCUGGGUAUGGAAGAGUUGGCCCGCUACAUUGUGGACGAAGUGCAGGAUGUUUACCGCUUGCAGGGCGUAAAAAUCAAUGACAAACACAUUGAAGUUAUCGUGCGCCAAAUGCUGCGCCGUGUGGUGGUCGAAAACCCAGGAGACUCCACCUACAUUGCCGGUGAGCAAGUGGAACGCAGCGAAAUACUGGACACCAACGACGCCUUGCGUGCGGCCGAUAAAAUCUCGGCCACCUUCAGCAACCUGCUCUUGGGUAUCACCAAGGCAUCGUUGUCGACGGACUCGUUUAUUUCGGCGGCAUCUUUCCAAGAAACCACGCGUGUACUCACCGAGGCGGCCAUCAUGGGCAAGCGCGACGAGCUGCGUGGCUUGAAAGAA